UGGAUUGCGCUGAGAGAGGCUUAUAUCAACAACAACAACAACAACUGCAGCAAGUAUCACAAAUUGUAAAAUGCAAAGCGGCUGUAGCCUGGGAGAUUGGAAAACCCCUUACAAUUGAAGAAAUAGAGGUUGAAGUACCAAAAGCCAGUGAAGUUCGAAUCAAGAUGGUUGCAACAGGAAUCUGUCGCACCGACGACCAUGUUUUGAAGGGGGCUUUAAAAGGUAUUGAUUUUCCUGUCAUUUUGGGCCAUGAAGGAGCUGGAAUAAUUGAAAGCGUUGGAGAAGGUGUGACUGGACUUAAACCAGGAGACAAAGUUAUUCCACUUUGUAUCCCACAGUGUGGAAAGUGCAGUUCUUGCCUUAAUCCAAAUACCAACUGCUGCCUUAAAACUCAUCUCAGUGAGUCACAAAAUGUAAUGCCUGACAAGACAUCUAGAUUUUUGUGCAAAGGAAAAGCUGCUUAUCACUUUUUAUGGACAAGCACCUUCUCGGAAUAUACUGUGGUUCCAGUUGAUGCAGUUGCAAAAAUUGAUGACAGAGUACCCAUGGAUAAGGCCUGCCUUUUUGGAUGUGGUUUUCCAACAGGAUAUGGAGCUGUUGUCAAUACUGCUAAGGUGGAGCCCGGUUCUACUUGUGCUGUGUUUGGGUUAGGUGGAAUUGGCCUUUCAGCUGUAAUAGGUUGCAAAUCUGCAGGAGCUGCAAUAAUUAUAGCUGUUGAUAUAAACAGUGCUAAAUUCGAUAUCGCUAAGGUGUUUGGGGCAACAGAAUGUAUCAAUCCUCUGGAUUAUUCCAAGCCAAUCCAGGAGGUGAUUACUGAAAUGACAAAUGGAGGAGUACAUUAUUCCUUUGAAUGUAUUGGAAACACAGAUACAAUGAAAGCGGCCCUGGAAUGCUGUCACAUGGGAUAUGGAACCAGUGUUAUUAUUGGAGAGGCUCCAUCAGCAGCACAAAUCUCUUUUGAUCCAAUAUUGCUGUUUACAGGACGUACAUGGAAAGGGAGCAUAUUUGGAGGUUGGAAAAGCAAGGAAAGUGUCCCUCGACUGGUUGAUGAAUUCAUGGCAAAUAAAUUUAAUCUUGAUGGAUUGGUGAGCCACACUUUGCCUUUUGAUCAGAUAAAUGAGGGGUUUGAGCUUUUACGCUCUGGUAACAGCAUCCGCACUAUCCUGAUGUUCUGAUUUCCUGAACUGAAAGCUUUCCUGUGGUUGAUACCUUCACUUAAUGUACAGCACAGAAACAAUUUGGUAUUAAGCAGUGUUCCAGCUAACUGGAAAACCAGUAAGCCUGAAUUAUGGGGUCAUAACUGCUCUGUUAACAGCUUUGUAAUAUAAAUCUUUCUCUGUAUAAACAGAGAUUUGUUUGAAAUAAUUAUUACUUUUCCUCAGUACUUUUGCCCAUAUUUUGAAUUUGUGAGGCGAUACAGCAUUACAGAUUUAUGACCGCUCAUUCCUCUUUUUAUGUGCAGUUACCGCUUUUAAAGGAUAAGUAAACCUUAACAUUGAAUGUAAAAUUUCUCAGGACACUUUUUUUUGAGCAAUGCAAAAUCAGAAUAGUUCCCUGCUUUUCUUCUAAAUGCAUAUCUCUUUGACUGUACAGUUAAUAAAAACUUAAAUAGUGCUGAAACUUAAAAAAAAAACAAAAAAAAAAAUUCAUGUAAAUUGCAAAAGUGCUUAGAAAAGCACCCUGAGCAAAAGGAGGAGUUACGAUUAGCAUAAUACAUGUACAUGUUACUACUGACUAGUGUGGAAAAUUAUUUGAUGAGUUUAUGCCCAAAUCACAUAUGUCUUAGAAUUAAAUAAAAUAGCAGCUUAUGUUCUGUUCAUUUUUUCUGUGGGCCAGUGUAGCAAUGUAUUGUAUGUUAUAACCAUGAAAUAGAAAAUAAUUUAAGUUGGCUGUUCAAAGGAAUUUAGUAUUAUUAUUAUAAUUAUUUUUAGUAUUAUUAUUUUUGUAAUUAUUUAAGUAUGGCUUUAUGGUUUAUUUGGCACCUUUGAAUCUGUGUCAACAUUACCCUUCUAUUUACCCUGUAUUAAUGCUAUACUAAGGGACCAUGAUGCCAUAUUUUGUGUUAAUGAGAUCAAAACAGUCUUUCUGCAACAUGACUUAUAUUUGUAGCUUUAUCUCAGCACAUUAAACUGGUCAUUAGUUGGUCUAUACAUAUACAAAAUAAAUUCAUGUCUUCUCCCACAA